AUGUUGACCAUAUUCCUUUGGUUGCUACUGCUGACAAUUGGAGACUUCAAAGCCGCCUUAUGCUUUUGCCGAAACUAUGAAUCCGCAACAGCUAAAAGACACUACUUUAGCGUUGUUGAAAGUUCUCAGUAUUCUUUUGAUGAGACCCAUAGCGGCAUCAACAACGACAAGUUCCACAAACAGGAUGGUAACUCAAUCCUUGGAACUGUAUGUGUAGAUUACUCUGCGGCGAAUGAAUAUAUUCGAGCACAUUAUGGGGAUCAGUCACCACGACUACCGUUGUAUUUCGAACAAGAAGAAUCAAUUGAAACAGUACAUGAUGCACGGUGUGGUGUUCCCUGUACUACUACUGCUGCUGCUACUACUACUACGAAUAAAGAAAACCCACUGAUAGGGGAUGAUACCACGACAAAUACCGUGGCUAGUUUGAAGACUUGCGGUUUUACUUUGGUUUCACCACCAGCCAUAUCUCCUGAAGAUGUCCAACAGAAUAACUGGAAUAAUUUGGAAUGGAUACAACGCAAUCGCCUACCUCAAUGGCGAAAAAGCUUGAAGCAACUGUACAACCAUGAUGCUCCCAACCAUCAGCGGACCAUUCGACACAUGCUCUUUUGGAAUCCCAUGUUGCGCGGACCACCACGAAAACCAAUAACAACUACGACUCCUUACAAUAAUGAUUAUGGGGGCAAUACUGAAAGCUUUUCGUCAACUCCAAAAGCAAGUUAUGCUGCGUUGCCCCACAUUGAUAUGGAUGUCAAUGCCUAUGAUAACUUUGAAGACUUUUUGGAUUUGAUGGAAAAUAAUGAGGUUGAGAUACUCGAUGCUAGUGACGGUGGCACUUUAUCAGCCAAUCAAGAACGAAUACGACAACGACGCCAGGAUAUCUUGGAUUCCAUCCAAAAUAAGCAUCGUGGUUUUGCCAUUGUGAAUGCUUGGUGCAAUGUUGGCAAGCAUCCUGUUCGAAAGGACCCUUUGGGUCUCUUUUCUGUCCAAUAUGACGAUGAUAAGACGACGUCCAGCAUUGCAGCCUUUCCAAUGGCAGCCCCCAACAUGAACAAGAGUCAUUGGUACGCCUUUUCGGACAUGAUCCCCAACGAGGUGCUCUACUUUUGCCAAUACGACCGAGAUACAUCGUGGCCGUCCGACUUGUGGCAUUGUAGUCUGGAUGGCAUUGUGACGACAAAGCAUCAGGGACAACAAACCAAUUUACCACCACGGGAAUCCUUUGAUAUUCGCUGUCUACUUGUCUUUGACGAAGAGGUACCGCUGGAGCAAGAUAGGUUUCAACGGGCAAAUCGACUGAGUUCUCUUUUGUCACUGGAAGAAUCUGGGUGCUUCUGCGAGGGGCAAUUCGAAGAGCGACGAAGAGAAGACGGUGUUUCGGAUUGA